AUGGAUGUCGACACUGGUACGAUUCUUCCUCGGGGUGAGCUCAUCAAGACCAUCGUCGCCGCCGAGCCCACUGCCGCAGCAGACGCACGGCAGAGCGAGAAUAUCAGCGAAAGCGACGACGACGAUGGGCCGAGGCUCGAAUACGUAACACAGCUGGAGAUGAGCUGCGACAACAAGCAGCUAGCGGCAGCGCUUUCGUCCCUCGAGGUUAACCUCUAUUCGGUGGAAACGAUGGCCCUAGCAGGGAAGGUGAAGGGCCACACGGGCCCCCUUACGCAGCUGGCGUUCGCUCCAUCCGACCCGAGCUCCUUUUUUUCGGCAUCGGAGGACGGGACUGUCAGGGGAUGGGACACUCGAUCGCUCGCGACGACAAUCACCCUGGGGGAGUCGGGAGAGGAAGAGGAGAUCUACAGCAUGGCGCUGGGAUACGACGGUCGAUUGUGCGCCACUGGCAAAGACUGUUUGAUCGAGUUCUACGACUUGCGAAAGGCAGGGAAGCCACUAGGGUCGUACUCGGAGUGCCACACGGACGCAGUAACUCAGGUCCGGUUCCACCCUCACAAGCGCUCCUUCAUGCUCACCGGCUCUGAGGACGGGCUCAUGUGCUUCUUCGACACCGAGGUCUCGCUCGAAGAGGAUGCGCUCGACUCGGUCAUGAACGCGGAGUGCCCCGUGCGCAGCGUGGGUUUCUUCGGCCCGGAGGGAGAGGGGGUAUACUGCUGCACCAACACGGAGACCCUGUCUCUCUGGCACGCCGCAGGAGCGCAGAGGAUAAAGGACUUCGGCGACGUCCGUGCGUUGGCGAGGGGAGAAAAUCUUGCUGACGCCGACGUUGGUGCUGGCGACGGUGCUACUGCUGCUGCUGCUCCCCGGGAGGGCGGAGGAGUAGCAGCGGCAGCACGGGCUGCGGCGGCGGCCGCGGCGGGCGAGGAUUGGGGUGUUGCGGUGGACUGCAUAGUGGACUGUCAGUACGACGCAGCAGCUGAUCGCCUGCGGCUAGUGACAAGCAGUUACGCAGGCGGAGCGUGCCUGGCGACUGUGUCUGCAGAAGGUACGGUUUCUUGUUCGGGUCAAGUUACGGUGUGUGCAGGGACGGGGCAGAGGCAGUCCAAGGGCAGGGAUAGGGUUGUGAUCGGGGCAAACAGUAGGGCUGAGAAGCAAGGUAUCACUCCGGACGCCGUUUUGGAAGGGGGCCACGCGGAGCAGAUCCGCACCUUCCAGUGGAUGGGACGGGCGAUGGCCACCGGCGGCGAGGAUGCUAGAAUCUGCUCGUGGCGUCUGCCCGGGGGUGGAGAAGACGGCAGCAACGACAAACACGACAACGAUGACGCCAUGGACGAUGACAGAUGACGUAGAAGGUAGCACCACCGUUAGUAGACUACCCCCGGAGAAGCUCCGAUUUUCAAGACGCCAAAAACGCGCCCCAGGAGCUUCACCCCUACAACCGUUUUGUUGUGUUGGUAUGAAUGUUGAAGAUCAUGUGUCUUAGUCUGUUGCGGAGGAAGCGCCGAGCGUGGUACUUGCCCGUUGUUGCCCCCCAGGGGGUGUGCCUCGACGGCAGCAUAUUCUCCGCUGACAACGGUAACGGUGGUGCUGUUGGUGUUGUCGAUCUCGGCCUCUGGACGGUCGCCAUCCAUUUCCUUUCGUCCUGUCCUCGGGUGCUUUCCCCCCUCUGUCGUAGGGGUGUGCGUUUGUUGUGAAAGUGAGUGUUGAAGAGAUGGCCGGCUUUGGCUUGGGGUACCCGUUUCGGAUGUCCGUCAUGGGGUGAUGAUAAGAAUGAUGAAAAAGGUCAUGAGGGAGAGGGGAGGCGGAUACUUGAACCCCACUGGCAGGGUUGCCGGCCCUCCGCUCAUUAGGAGGCGCGUGUCGUAGACGAACUAUGGUGCUUGCUUGCGACGAGGGAUCUCUCGGGGAGGCGGAGAUAUGACGUGCACUUCCAUGUUCUGUGUUCUGGUAGUAUUAUGGCUGUGAAGUCCGACGAGCAGAGGAAGCCUCUCAGAGAAACGUGCUUGAUUUG